GAAAGGAAAAACAUUAUUAGUAUUGACCAUUAGGACCAUUAUUUGGGUUGGAGUUUGUUUUCUCAAGUUCAAAGUUACAAGAGAAACAAAGAAAAUCAUAGAUCUAUUUUUGAACGAAAAACAUUUUGGAAAAGGAAAUCAAAGGAAAUUAAAGGAAAUUCAUCAUUAAAGUUAAUUGUUAAUUGUUCUUCUUAAUCAUGUCGACUAAACGAAAACCAAGAUUUAGUGUUCUACCUUCGUGGAUUGGUAAAAGUGCCAUUGAAAAAGAUAAUCAAGUUUCGGGUGAAUAUAUUUCAAUUCUCAAUACCAUUGGGUUGAUUUGUCUUUUUAUAUUCAAUGUUCUUGUUACUAUUCCGUUAGUAUGGGCUGGUUUCUUGGGAAUUUAUUAUUCUGAAACUUUAGCUCCUCGAGUACCAAGUAUAAGCAAUCAAUUAAUUAAUUCACAAGGAAGACCAAUUAAUUUGACAGUGUUAACAGAAAAUAUUAUCGAAUCAAUGAUAAUUAGAAUUAACUUUUUAAGUCAAUUAUUAAUCAAAAUCUGUGAUAGACUUAACUGUUCAGAAAUAAUUACAAUUUAACCUGAUUAAAAAGAAACUAACUGUUA